CUUUCUUUUUUUGGCCAAUUUCCAGAUCUUAAUCUUCGAAACAAACAAAAGGAAAAGAAAAUUUAUUAUUAUUGCUGUUGUUUUGUAGGGUGAUGGAUAGAAAUGCGAUUACGGCAUCGAUUUUAUUAUUUUUAAUGAUCUCCGAUGUAGCUUCUUCGUCGUUUUGGAAGCUUCGGUACUUAGCUGAUGAAUCUCCAUCAGAGAACGACACCAUUGCUGCUGCUGCAAGUACGCCUAGCUCUUUGUUGCCGAUUCCUUUAAAGGGUCCGGGCGACAAGAAAUUGGAUCUAAAACGGGAUAAUUCGACGAAAUCAGAUCCGAAAUCGUCCAAAAGAAUGGAUUCCAUGACAUCACUUCCAGUUGACAAGAAAGAUAUGAAACCACUGGGUAAACCGGCGAAGGUGAAUUCAUCUACUCAAAAGGAAAUAGCUAGUGGAAACAAUUCAAUUUUAACUUUAACUUCAACUCCGAAGGGUGAUAAAACAAUAGAGGAAAAUGAGGGGAAGAAAAAGAACGUAGAUAGUGGAAAGAAUUCAAAUAGUACGAACACUCAGAAGGGAAGUUAUACAAAGGAGGAUAAGGAAAUAAAAAAGAAGAAGAAGAAGCCGACGAUGAAAAAUGCAGAUGAAAAUAAUUCCAAUUCAGUGAUUGCUAAACCAUGUGACGGCAUAGUUACUAGAUGUGAAGACCAAAGCUCAUUGACUGCCUGCAUUAAGGGUUUUGGAACUGGGUCCAAAGAGCUGACUGUUCUGGUCCAUAAUAGUGGAGAGGAAAUUUUGAAUGUCAAUCUUGAUGGCCCUUAUGGGGGAUCUUUUCCCAAGAGACUUAGAAUACCAAAACAUGGCUCUCAAAAGAUUAAUAUCCCUACAACUGUAGACGAACCCAGUUCGAUAGUGUUAACUGCUGGAAAUGGAAAUUGUAUACUUCCUCUGGACCCUAAUGUAUCCAACACACUCUUUUUCUCAAAGCUCCCAUCGUACGACAAGUUGUUGACCCCAGUAAAUGGUGCAUACUUCUUGAUUGUAGCAGUGGCAAUACUGGGAGGAUCAUGGGGUUGUUGCAUAUACAGGAAGAGGAGGCAGCAUGACCACGGUAUACCUUACCAAGAGCUAGAAAUGGGAAUGCCUGAAUCCAUGGCAGCUACCGUCGUAGAAACAACUGAAGGUUGGGACCAAGUUUGGGAUGAUGAUUGGGAUGAAGACAAUGCGGUGAGAUCACCGUUGGGACGAAAUGUAACCACUAGUAUAUCAGCCAAUUGCCGGAUUGCUAGGUCUUCAAGCAGAGAUGACUGGGACGAUUAGCUUUUUUUCCUUUUACCGGAGAAAGUGAAUCGCUUGAAUCGGAAGAGACGAGAAAAGGGAUUUGAGAUGAUACGAGGAACUGGAAACAAUUGAUUCAAGCAGUUGACAUGUUAAGUUUAACGGUCACCAUGUGUGAUAGGAAAAUCCUCCAAAGGAUCCUCAAGUAUGUUCUCUGCCUUUUUCACCUUAGGCGAUGGUAUAUAUAUAUCGUUUCAUUUGUUCUUAACUUGAACAAGCGUAUUAUCAUUCCCCCCCCCCCACCCCU